AGCUCCGGGAAGGGUCUGAGCGCUCGCGCGGCUGCUGCUGCCUCCAGUCCAGCGCACGGGCGACAAAACAAACAGCGGCGGUGCGUUAGCUUAGCUAGCCGCGCUCUGAAAAACGGAAUAGACCACUUGGUUUAAAUAUACUAUCGCAUGUGUGAGUUUGUGCAGAUAAGAUAGUGCACGUUGAAGCACUGACUUGAACAUUUUUAUGAAUCUCGCCCUGCUCGCUAGGCACCAUGUCAGACGCUGCUAACGCUACUUCUACAGACAACAACGGAGACUCCGGGCUAAACGGGUCCUGGGUGGAGUUGGAGAUGAACAGAGGCUCAGCGGGGGCCCCCCAGCCCUCGUCCCCAGACAUCGCGGCUCCCAGCCUGCUGCCCCCCCCUGAGGUGGAGGAAGAGGAGGCCAUGGUGGGGGGGCUGGAGCACGUCCCAUCCUCGUCCUCCAUCCACAAGGGAGACAUGGAGAAGAUCCUGCUGGACGCCCAGCACGAGUCCAGCCGCAGCAACUCCUCCUGCGGCAGCCCCCCGCGGCCCCACAGUCCUGAGGAUGACGGACAGAUCAUCUUUGACGUGGACGUGAGCGGCAGAAGAGACAGCCUGUCAGAAGAGGACCCCCUGGAGAAGGAGAGGGACCUGGACAUCCUGAUGAAGGAUGCAGACUGGGUCGCUGAUUGGUCCAGUCGACCGGAAAACAUUCCCCCCAAGGAGUUUCAUUUCCGUCACCCUCGGCGCUCCGUAACUCUCAGCAUGAGGAAGACGGGGGCCAUGAAGAAAGGAGGAAUGUUCUCCGCAGACUUCCUGAAAGUCUUCAUCCCCUCGCUGCUGCUAUCACACAUCCUCGCUCUGGGGCUGGGGGUCUACAUCGGGAAGAAGCUGAUCACCCCCCCCCACCAGCUCCUUCUGAGGAGAGACAGAAGUUUAGUGCCUGAGGAGCGGCCAUGAGAUAUUUCAGAAAGUUUUGCUGUCGUGAGAAGAACGUCCCGUCUCUUCUCACCUCUGUCCCGCCUGCUCUCGUCCCCCCCCCCCCCCCCCCCCUCGUCCCUGAGAUAUGACAUGUUCUCAGGAGAAAUGCAUCUGCCUUCCCCCCCCCCCUUCCUUUUGUUCUCUUGCUAUCUGUAGAAACCCCCCCUUUUCCCAUGCCUUAUAUCUUUCACUCAUUUGUGUUAGCUUUUCAAAACAUAAUUUUCCCCGCGACUGGGUUUAUAACGGGGGGGGGGGGUCGCAGCAUCAAACCAAACUCUUCUACAAACCCCCCCCGAAUUGAUCAUGUGACCACAGAUUGUGCCACCACCUCCAUGAGUCUCCCGACGCUCAAUCUCAAAAGGGCGAGCUAAAAAAAAUGCCUUUUUGAAAGUAGCCAUUUUGCUGAUUUUCUUUAGAUUUCAUCGCGUUUUUGUUUCGUUUUUUUAACUUACUCUUACUACAACCGGUGGUUUCAUGAGAAGGUGUAAUGAUGGAAGGAGUAACCAUAGUGGCCAAGCUAAACCACAAGCGCUCGGGAAUUGCACUGGGGAAGUCUAGACGAGAGAGAUUUAUGUGACUUUUUUGUUUUUCUUUGAUGGAAACUAGAAAGGAUCUGCAGCUGAAUGAACAGUUUGCAACUGGAGGACAGGGUGUAGAUGUGCAGGCAGACACUGGCAGAGUUUAGUUUGCCGGGUAGUUUUUCUUCCAGUUAGAUUCCUGGUUUGUCUGCAACAUAUCGUAGAGCUGGUCCACUUCCUGUUAGUCCAUAUUUAGGUGGAUUUUUAAGUAAUCAAAAAGGAAUUGGUACCAAAAAAAGCUCAAAAACGUUAGAUUUCGAAUCAAAACCUGCCUGCUUUCUUGACAAGUAUUUUAAGGAUUUUUUGAGUUUUUCACGUAAGAAAAGUCUAAUAUGAAUUAAUUUACUUCUAUAAGGUAAGGUAAGGCUGCUGUUUUUCCGGUGGUAGCCAGUCCUGUUUUCUAACACUUAUUCCAGGCUUUUGAUUGGCUGAGGAGGUUCAGACACUUCUAAUGGACUGAAGGGAGGUUAGUGUUGACCUGACUGGCUCUACUUUACGUGUCAACACAAGGACUUAAGCUUGAUAUCAGACAUCAGCUACACUGCAGUAUCCACCCACAGCCAGACUUGGGUCGAAUCAUAUUUCAUUUAGAUAAUCUAAUCCAAUCAGAUGCCGAGAACUUUAUUCCUGCAUGACGUACAAAGGUGUUUUUUUGGCAUCCAGAAGUCAAUUCCUAGAGAUCUGGUAUUUCAGGAACUCUUUUUGACGCCGUCUUUCUUCCUGCUUCUUCUUCUACGUCUGUUGUAUAGGGUUGUGACCUAUAGGAUGACGUAAUGAGUAUUAAAGGUGAGAAUGAACCUACCUGCUUUGUUGCCUUUUAGAGAUAUUAUUUUAUGAUUACUGCAUUUCAGGGUUACAUUUCACAGAGCAAGACAAAAAGACGACGACAAGAAAAUAUAUAAGUUUGCACGUCACAACCAUAGGAACGUUUUGCGUUUGGUAUAUAGAUUUAUUUAAAAAAGAAAACUGCAAACACUAUCUGACCCAGUGGGUGGUCUCAGGACGCGUUACCUUUUAGUUUUUCAAUAAUAAUUGACCGGGUUUUGAACCUAUUUCAGCCACACAGGUACUGUCGCUACACACCCCUCUGCCUGUGUCUGAUAGCAGUGUUUCUGGAUGUUUCCUUCCUACUUGGUUUGUGUCGAGUUGUCUUGCUUUUAAGAUUUUGUCCCUGAUUCUCCGAGAGAUUGUGAACGCCCAGAGAGUGGAAACAGAAGCCCUGUUGUUGACUGCAGGGCGUAAUGUGAACAGGAACCGAAAAGGUGUGGAGAGAGACUUCCCUCAGAAGGAGACGCUCUAACAGUAGAUAUUAUUGUAAUGAUGCAUUGCUUUGAUUUUCUUUUUCCCAACACAUUGGAAUAAUUAACAAACAUUUUGUCAUUAAAGAUGACCUGAAUGAAG